AUGACCCUCCUUUAUGGUCUCUAUACAGGGAUGAAUAUAGACUUUGGAUCAGUUCUAUGGGCUCAGCUUAUUCAUAGUACUAUCUCAACCUCUCGUCACACUGAGAUUUCUUGCGCAAGGUUUUGGUCCCUGAUUGUUCGCAGGGCAAUUGUCAAACAAAACAUCCCAACGAUGCAGGAUAUCCUUGCUUUCACGAUUUCCACCCUUCAUACAACAUGGAUAAUUGUUGCCGAUGCUUCAAAAUUCUCAUUCAUUGGAUCUAUUCUAGAGGUCAUGUUUCGGGAUGUCCCUGCAUCAAGUAAGAUUUUGGAAGGGUUUCGCAAGCCCACACCUUCGGGGUUUCGUCCACUAACUCCAUAUAUGCAAGCUGCUAUUGAUGUUGUUGAUAAACCGAAGAAAGGAGGCAAGGGAUCUAAGAAAGGUGAAAAGAAAAUUGUUACUAAAGAAGGUCCAUCAGGUGCUACAAAACCUUCAUCUAAAAAGCGAAAGGCACCAGCAGCAUCUUUUGCUUCUACUCCAAAAAGAAGAAAGCACCCGGCUCGCAAACGAAAAACUCCUACACCAUCAGCACGCGAAGAGUCAGAUUUCGAGACUGAUUCAAAUGUUCGAAUUGAAGAAACUCAACUAGUUCGUAAUGAGGAGCCGACUGCGAACCCAGAGCCUUUAGUUCACAAUACAGAGGGUACUACGAACCAAGAGCUUCUUUCCUCCAAGUCUUCUUCCUCUGACGCCUAUUCAAAAGCCACAGUUGAGUCAUUGUUUGAGUGCAUAACGAAACAACAUGUUGCAAAUGCUGCAAAGAUGAACGCAGCAGUUUCGAAAUCUGCUGAUGUCCGCAAAUCCACGACCCAAAAAUUCAAUAAACUAAUCUCUAAAACGACUACUUUCAUGGAGAAUUACAUAACCACCUACAACAACAACAUUGCCUUUACGAAUGAAGCUCUUCAGAACUUGGGAGCAAUGUUCAAAACUGAGAAGAUCAACUUAGAGAAAAUUCAUACUGGAUUGCAGCAAGACCAUGCAUCGUUUUAA